CUCUUUAACAGUUUUAACAACAUGCGGCUACAAAUUGCAUCAGAACAGCGAAAGCAAUUAACUAAAGUUAUUUAAUACAUUAAGUAAUGCGAGUUUUUGAUUGCGCGUUGAGCGAGCCCACAGAAACAGCUGUUCAAAGAACAGAAAACAGCUGAGCGUAACUCGGUGCGAACAAAAAUUACAUCGCUUGCUGUGUGGGUAAACAAAAGUACGAAACAAAAAAUAAACAUGCAAUGUGGAUGUGGGACGCACACUUGCUGAUAAGAACAAACAGCGCACGCGAAGAGCGACAGCGUCUCGAUUCUAACAUCAACAGCCGCAGUUGCCGUCACAAUGAGUCUGACAAAAAAACGCCUUAAAAUUGUUUCGGCCGCCUCAAUAAUCGGCCUGGCACUUAUCUAUUUGUACAAAACUGUGUUUGCGGCAUCCGGCAGCGAGCCGGGCGGCAGCCCCAUGCUCAAUGCGGUUGAGGAGCAACGCCAGUGGCCACCCACCGAGGAUGCGGUCGAAUGGAAUCUGCAGAUCGCCUACGAGACGCAAAAUGCGCUGUUGCAUCAACAGCGUCAGGAGCUGCUGCAGACGAAGAAGCAGCUGGCCCACCUGGAGGAGCAGGUGCGCUCCCUGCAGGCGAGCACGCCGCGCAAAUACCCGAAAGUCAAGUAUCUGAACUACAAGAAUCGCAAGCGUAUUUUGAUAACGGGCGGUGCCGGCUUUGUCGGCUCUCAUCUGGUGGAUUAUCUAAUGAUCCAGGGACAUGAGAUCAUUGUGGUCGAUAAUUUCUUUACGGGUCGCAAACGCAACGUGGAGCACUGGCUGGGCCACGAGAACUUCGAGCUGAUCCAUCACGACAUUGUCAAUCCGCUGUUCAUUGAGAUCGAUGAGAUCUAUCAUCUGGCCUCGCCCGCAUCCCCGCCGCACUACAUGUACAAUCCGGUCAAGACGAUAAAGACCAACACAAUGGGCACCAUCAAUGUUCUGGGCCUGGCCAAGCGCGUCAUGGCCAAGGUGCUGAUUGCCAGCACAUCGGAAGUGUACGGCGAUCCGCAGGUGCAUCCACAGCCCGAGACCUACUGGGGACAUGUGAAUCCCAUUGGUCCGCGCGCCUGCUACGAUGAGGGCAAACGCGUCUCCGAGACGCUCAGCUAUGCCUACGCCAAGCAGGAAAAGGUGCAAGUGCGUGUGGCGCGCAUCUUCAACACGUACGGACCACGGAUGCACAUGAACGAUGGCCGUGUCGUGUCCAACUUUAUACUGCAGGCGCUGCGGAACGAGACGAUCACCGUUUAUGGCAAUGGGAAGCAGACGCGUUCGUUUCAAUAUGUAUCAGAUCUGGUGGAUGGCAUGAUAGCGUUGAUGGCGUCCAAUUACACGCAGCCGGUGAAUCUGGGCAAUCCCGUGGAGCAGACAAUUGGCGAGUUUGCGAACAUCAUCAAGCAUCUGGUUGGCGGGCAGAGCGAGGUGAAACAGAUCAAGGCCAUGGAGGAUGAUCCGCAGCGACGCAAGCCGGACAUAACGCGGGCCAAGAAGCGUCUCAACUGGGAGCCAAAGGUGCCGCUCGAGACGGGUCUGUUGCAGACCAUAUCGUACUUUCGCAAUGAGCUCGCGCGCAGCGAUCGAUUCCAGGAGAACUCCAACAAGUACUUUGAUUCGCCCGAUCUGCAGCGCAGUCGACCGUAAACCCAAAGUAGACCCCCAACAAUAUCAAUAAUAUUUGUGUGCCUGUCAUAAAACCAAUUAAUGUAAUUGGCAAAAACACGUCUCUAGUCUGCAAAAUGUAAAUAUGACCAACGAUAGCGCUAAUCUUAUGGCUUCCCAGAACCCCAUCCCCGAUAAGCACGCUCUCGACAGUCUCCAACACGUUUGUUAACGAGUCUAUAAUGUAAGCAACAAAAGGGUUCCAGUUAUCAUCUAGUUGAUAUCGAUUCUAUCUAUACAAUUAAUUCAAUUGUUAAACUUCAUAAUUCAUCGUUGCAAACGGAAUACCCUAUGCCAAAGACAAUAUAUUAUUAACUAUUUAUGUUGUCUUUGCCUAAACUAACAUUUAUAAUUAGUUCAUAAGUCUGCCUUUUACGAGAGAUGCCCUUGCAGCUGGUUAUGUGAAUUUCAUCAAAAUCUAGGCUGACAUCUCCAAGCCCAUAAAAUAUUGUAAUGUAUUGAUUAUGGAUAAGUUAUGGUCAUGUCCGACUGUCUGUCUGCUUUUAUGCAAAUCAAUUUCUUUGAUAUGAAGCUGACUUCAUGAAGCUUGGUCUUUUGCCGCAGUCAUGUCUGAGUCAUGGAACAAGAUUCAUAUAGUUAUAUAGUAACUAUUCAAAUUCAAACAGACUAUUAGGGAUCGAAGGUAUAACGAUUGGUAAAAACUUUCAGUUUGGGAUGAAAAACGAAAUCCAGCAAAAUCUCUCCCUUAACUAUGCUCCUCGCAUACGUACUAAAGCUAAUUUUAUGUAGCUCUCAUAGCAAGAGUCGCUCACAAAGUAAUCACAAAUUCAAGAAUUUAACAAUUGAUAAUACCUCUGAAAUUCUAGCAAUAAAUUCUCA